AUGGCUAAAUCUCUUAGCAGGUUAUUGAAUGAAUUUGAUUUUUUUGACCAAUGGAGAUCCUCCUACCCGGAGAGACAGGACUAUACUUUCUUCUCUAGAGUACACUAUUCAUACUCGCACAUUGACAUGGUGUGGGGCAAUGCAACAGCUUUAGAAAAGGUAGAGAAGAUCGAAAUCAGGGACAAUACCUGGUCGGACCAUAGCAUUAACAUCUGGACUAUGAAAGACCAGUGGAAUACUAUAAAGAAAGCUACAUGGAGACUAAAAGACUACUUACUCCAUAACAAAACAAUUCUAGAUUCUCUUAGAUCCCAGAUUGUAUGCUAUUUUGAAAUUAAUAUGCCCAACGAAACCUCAUACCCUAACAAUUGGUGUUCCUUUAAAGUUACCAUGAGAGAUAAUCUAAUAAGCUUAGAAGCGCACUCUAAUAGGAACAAAAGUCUGGACUUAAUCUCUCUUUAUAAUAAUUUAGCUGAAAAAGUGAAAAAGAACAAGACGAAUCCCUCUAGAGAUAACCUAAAAGCGAUUAAGAUGAUCAAAGAUCAAAUUAAUCAAAUUAAUAUAGAAAAGAAUGCAAAAAUUUUGGGAAACCGUAGGUUGAAAAAAUAUAGUACAGGGAAUAGAGCAGACAAACUUCUAACCAAGAAGCUUAAAGAUAAAAGGGUCUCAAACAGAAUAACAAAAAUAAAAAUGAAUAAUCAGACCCAUAUUUCUCCCACAUAAAACACAAUAUUGGAAAGGAAAGAUUGGUAAAGGUGCACAAAUCACCAAGUGUGAAUCACUCCAAAUCACACAAAAAACAUAUAAUAAAAUAUAAAUAAUAUAGUGAGAGCAAUCUCUAUACACCAAAUAUAAAACAGAUAUGAAAAGCAGGCAAUAUUACCAUAUGGCUGGAAUGUCCUAAAAAUAGAAAAUAAGGAACAUAGUAUAGCCUGUAUAAGAUAUACAAAAAAUAAAUUAAAUGUAAAAUUGCCCACUCACGUGGUGCUGAGCCGUUCAGUGGCUCAGACUAUAAGCGCCUUAUAAAAUUUUUGGAGACCACGAUGCUGAAAAGGCAGGUUAAGCUGAUCACUGUGAAAAUUCCCUUUUGUUUUUGGAUAGAAGAUCAAGUCAGGAAAUACAGGAACAAACUUUAUUCGCCAACAAUAGCAUAAAAAAUGGAAUCUCUCAAAUUAUUGCACUAACGCGUUUCAACCAUAACGGUCUUUAUCAAAGUGCUAACAAUAUCACACAAAUUUAGCAUUUAAAUAUGUUCAGAAAAAGGCGCGCUGUGAUUUCUUCUCCGGUUCACUUCCGGUUUCCGGCUGUCUAACCUCCAACUUCCGGUCACGUUGCGUAUCAUAGGACACUUCCGGGUCAGCGGACGUAUCUCCCUUGCGUUCCAAUACGUCUUCGGUCCCAGCUUUGUUUCCGGCUUCCGGUCACGUGACAUAUCACGGGAUACUUUCGGGCAGAGAUCAUAUCUCCCUUACGUUUCAAUAAAGUCCCGAUCCUAAUAAAAUCAGUAUAUUUUCCCCAAAUGUCUUUAAUAUAUAUGUCCAUGCACAUGUCCAUUAAAUAUAUAAUGAAAAUAAUCACUCUAUCAAUUUAUAUCCAUAUCUUAUUAAUACUAUUAAAAAUCAUAAUAAAAUAUCUCUUAAGGAAAUAAAAUAAAACUCAUUAAGGAUACAAGGGUAUACAUGAGGAGAAGGAAGGGAAAAAAAAAAAAAGGAAAGAAAGUAUAAUUAAUUAAAAUACAUAUUAAAAUACAUAUUAUAAAAUUAAAAUACAUAUUAAAAUACAUAUUAUAAGAAAGAAGUAAUUUCAAAAUCUACAUUAAGACCUUCAGGAGUCAGGGUAUUGAGGUUAAACAUCCACCUCAUUUCUGCUCUACUUAGAAUAUUAUCUUUACAACCCCCUCUCCAGUGAACUUUAAUUUUUUUCUAUGCCUAUAAAUUGAAGGCCCUCUGGGUUACCAUUAUGAUAAUCUAGAAAAUGCUUUGAAACACUAUGGUUAAUAAAUUUUUUCUUAAUAUUAUUAAUGUGUUCUCCUAUUCUAACUUUCAAUUUUCUUAUCGUUUUACCCACAUAAUGAUAACCACAUGGACAAGUUAAAAGGUAUAUAACAUUGGUUGUAUUGCACGUAAUUAAUGAGUGUAUUUUAUAUUCAUCUACUGGAUUUUUAUUUGAAGAAAACGUCUUAAUAUUCUUCCUUAUAGUCUUAUUUAAUCUACAUCCAGUGAAAUCACCACAAUAAUAAAAACCUACUUGUCCACCUAAAAAAUUAUGCAUAUCCUUUUUUUCUUUUUCUAAAAAACUAUUAGUUAAAAUUUGUCUAAAAUUUCUGGCUCCUCUAAAAAUAAAUUGGGGUCUGUCUCCUAAAUAGGGUAAAAGGUCUUUAUCCUCCUUUAACACAUGCCAGUUCUUUUUAAAAACAUUACAUAAAGAUCUAUUAUUAGUACUAAAAUUGAGGAUCAGAGGGAUCUGUUCUUCCUUUUUCCUCUCUUUAUAUUUAUAUUCCAGAAGUAGAUUCCUAUCUCUUCCUCCUAUUUCAUCUCUAAUAUUUUUAAUCGAAAUUGGAUCAUAACCUUUAUCUACAAAUUGCUGUAUUAAAUUACAUGAUUGAUCUUGAUGAUCUUGGCUUGGCUCUGUACAACGAUGUAACUCUCCCAUCAGAAGUCCAGCAAUUACCAUCUGCUGUUGAAUGUCCAUUAUCCUGUAACAUCAUAAGUUGUUUUAUGUAUCCGUAACUAAGAAUAAACCUGAAGAAACCGUAAGUCAGAUUACGUAUUACUACUUUUCAAUAAUAUAGACAUAUAUUAUUGUGGUGAGCAUUUGGCCCAAGAAUAUAUAUACAAAAGACGUAUAUAUAUCAAUCAACUGAAGACAAGAAGAAAUUAAGAAAGAGUCUACAUUAACAUCCAUUCAUCUACAUUUUUUACAUUGGCUAGCCUGCCAGUCUUCUAUUCAAGUUUUGUUCCCACUUCAAGGGGGGAGAGAGAAGAAUCGAGUUACAAAGCUAUUUUGGAACUGGGAAAACAAACUUGAAGAGAAAAAAAAAAGAAUCUAGACUGACUGUCACAGAAGAACUGUGGUUUGUAUGAAAAAGAUUUUCAAAUCACAAAGACUGUACAAGACUAUUAUCUACAACUGAGACAAAAAGCACAAGAUACAAUGUGAAUUCUAGAAGCAAGCACGUGGCAGAGAUUGGCAAAUUUCCAGAAUCAAGCGUCCAGAACUGCGCAGCUGUGUGGAUGAAGCAACGAAAUAGACAGAGAUAACUGAUCUGGUGAGUAACAUGGAAUUCAUAAAUGAUAAUGCAGAGAAAAGUAAAUUGCAGUUUGCAUUUAAUAGCAGCUAUUCAGAUGCUGUAUUGUGGCGAUCUUUAUACACACAAUGUGAAAUUGCCAAUAGUGAAAUUGACAAGAAAUUGUUUGUUAAUAAGAAAAAACAAAAGAUCAGAAAUGUUAUGAAACUAGUCUGUACUUACAAUGCAUUGAUUUGUAAACGAGAUGCAGGUCAAGACAAUUUAGAAUUAGCAGAAAAAGAAGUAGAUUUGAAUGGGUUAACAGAAGACAAAUCAGAUUUAAAUGAACAGUGUAACAAUGUAACAGAGAGAACAUUGUCAGAACAAGUCUGUGAAUUAGAGGAUAGAGUUGAACUAAGAAAUGAUCUUAUUUGCCAGUUUAGAAAAGAAGUUAAACUAGUGUGUGUUAAUACAAGAAAAACAAAGGCACUGAAUCUAAUCCCAGAACCAAUAGAUACUGAAAAUGUAUCCUCACUGAGUGAUUUGCAGAAAUGUAAAUUUCAAGACAGAGCUGCAAAACUUAAUUUGAAAAUACAUGAACAAUUAAUGAAAAUUGUGAAAUGUAUUCCAGUUUAUGACACGUCAGUGGAUACAUUUACUAAUGCUGAAAUGUUUGAGCCAAAUGUGGACAAAUACAGCCUAAAUGACGAACAAAGGAAUAGACUAUUUAAAACAUGGCUGCCGACUCAAAUGGCAUGUAGGCUGACCACGCUUGUAAAAUUUCAGGACAAUGAUAAAAUAAUAUAUGGAAAUAAGCAAGACAGAUUAACACAAUUAAUAAAAUUAACAACAGGGAAUGAUUUUGCAGACACUGAAAUGUUGGAAAAACUAAAACCACACAAAGGGGAGGAUAUAUUUAGUUUUCUUGUAAAAUUUGAAAGUGCAUAUAGACUUGUUGCUGAUUUUUCUGAAGAUCAGUUAAUUAAUGAAUUUGUGAAAAAAUUUCAAGAUUUAGAUCCAACUGCAAUUGUGUUAGCUAGAGAAAAAAGCACUUUGACAGAAGUAGCUUUGUUCUUGAAUAACUUAAGGAGGGAAACCAAGAAUGAAGGGGUUAAAACGAAUUGUGGAUUUAGGCAGAGAAAGAAGAGCAGAUUUUACAGCCCUCCUUCUUCUUCUUCUAGGACAGAGUGUAGAGUGAUACAGACAGCUGAGCCCCUCCCAAUUUAUUCAACUAAAAACUGUAGAGUUGAUAAUAUAGGGCAGAAUAUAACUCCUAAAGUUAUUUGUUUUUGGUGCAAUAAACAACAUUAUUUAAGAUCUUGCAGAUAUUUUAUCCGAGAUAUCAAAUCAAAAGCAAAUGAGAAAUUAAAUUUGUUGAUUGAAAAUUUUGACAGAGAAAAUACACGUGGAGAUAAAUCAAUAAAGGCCUUUCCUUGUAAACUUAUAAUCAGACAAAUAAAAGCAAUUUUAGCUAAAUCGAAAUUAGGAGACAGACAAGCAAUGCAGUGUAACACAGAAAGUUAUAAGAAUCAGAUAACUUCAAGAGAUAUGAUCAGUUUAGGGAAUGAGCAUGGACAUGUGUGCCAACAGAUGUACACAGGCUGAUUCCAGAAUUAAAAACAGCACAAUAAUAGAGAUCUAUGUUAGUUUGUUGUUUUAAUGAAUUGUUAGUCUGAACUGUUUUUUCAUUGUUUUAUGUGUGUUAUAAGAAAGUAUUAGGUUAAUUAAUUAAAAUAAAAAUUUACAUCAAGAUUGCAAAUAUUGCAGAAUGAAAUACACUAAUGUAGCAGUUAGGAACAUGCAAUGUAUGUUAUAUUGGGUGUAUGCGAUUAUACAGUAACUCCAAUCAUUUUACAGAAGAAAAAACAAUGGAUAUAUUCCUUGUUGCUUCUGAGGUUGAUUUAAAAUCUUUGAUUUAAUUCAUGAGAAUGAGAUUUUAAUGUCAUGACUGAUAAUGGAUUACUAUAUUUUGCAAAGCCUGGACAUACAUAUGUUUUGACUACAUAGAAGACAAAAGUUUUGAUAGAAUAAAACCUAGAUUUGCAGAUACAUUUGAUGUAGGAAACAAUAUAUGUUUUUUGUAGUUUGUUUCAUGUGACAAAAUGGUGCCAGUGUUAGGACAAGAUGGCUACUAUUGCUAAAGUAUAGUGGAAAACAAUAUUUUGUUGUAACAUCUGAUAUGUGAUUAGGUUAUACCUCCAGAUUAUUAAACAGUUUAAAGGGGGGUAUGAUUAAUAAGGUGUGAUUAAUACAAAAAUUGAAAAAUUAAAAUGUGUAGAAACGAUAUUUUGAUAUAAAGGAAAUUUAAAGAUUAUACAUCACAUGACAUAAAUGUAAUGACCACUAGAUGGUAGAUCUCAUGAGAAGAAAUGAGAAUGUUGUGUAGUCCAUGUAAUUCAAUGUUAAACUGUAUAAUAAUAAUGAGAUAUAAACAUUGUAAGCCAUUGUAUUGAUGCUGCACAUGGUUUUUGUUUUAAUGUAGUUAAAGCGUGACAGAUCCUUGUGGCAAUUAAUCAGGAAAGCAUUCCUUCAGACAACUGGACAUCGACUGUUGGAAAGAGACUUUUCAUCUGAUCUGCAAACUGUGAUGGAAGAUUCUACAGAGUUCAUUCGAUACAGAAGAUUAACAGACUUACAAAGAAAUAAAAUAUUGACACUAACAUACAUAUAUAUUCCUAAAUAUUAAUGAAGAAGAAAACAGACAAUGAAAAGUUAUUUAACAGUUAUGAGUAUUAAUACCAAAAGAGACUACUUAUAGCUAUAUAACACAUGGAGUAAAAUUAUGAUAGGAUAGUAUUAUGAAGAGAACUAUUACAUUAUUACCUAUACAUAGAAUGAGAAGUAUCAGAGGUAGAUAAAAUAUGAAGUUGAUAAAAUAAGGAUCAUGGUUACUUAAUACCACAAAGAUUGAGUUCAAUAGUAUUUCAUAGAUUAACUAUAAUGAGUAAUUUGUUUAUAUAGUUGAAGUAAAACAAACAAUGGUAAUAAAAGGAAGAAAACUAAGGAAGAAUAAUUUAUAUUGAUUAAUAUUAAGUAAUAGUAUACAUUAAGAAGGCCUUGGAUAUAAGAGUUCAGAGAUCCAAGAGGAAUUGAAUUGAAUGGAAAGAGUAUAGUACACAAUUAUAUUUGACCUAAGUCUAUAAAAGGUAUGGACUAGGGAGAAUAGGUUUCUGGAUAUGACGGUAUCCAAUGAAUACGUUGUUAAGUUGUUUUAUGAUUAGCCUGAGUUUGUUAGACACGGACUAGGAAUAAGAGUUUCUGGGCAGUAUGACCCCAAGUUUAUUUUAUUUUUGUUUAGUCAGUUGAAGGGUACUAAGGAAUACGGAUUGAUCAGAACAUUAGGACAAUCCUGCUUUUAAGAUAUAUUACAUUAAUAAGUCAUCACAAUGCUAAUGAAGAGAGUGAUGAUAAUGGAUUUAUAUUAUUCUUUCCAAGUUCUUUUAAAGUAAACCUUUCUCCGACUGAAUGUAAAAUUUGUUACUACAAGGUGGAAUUUUAGUGAAAAUUAUAAUUCUGUAAACAAAAACAAAUCUAUGAUAGAAAGAUUUCUGGGUUGAGAAUUUCUAGAACAAUAAGUAUUGACAACACCAUGAACAUUAUUUGAAGAAUUAUUAUAGAACUUCAUGGUUGAUAACACAUCCUUUGAAUGAGACUUAUAAGUAGUGUUGGUAUAUUUCAGUUAGUGAGAGCCUACUGAAUAUACAAAUUAAAUACUAUGAUUGUAAAGUACUGAUACAAUCAUCACUAGGUGGUAUUAAUGGUAUAGGAAGGUAAUUCGUGAAUACAAAUGACCUAAACAUUUUAAGUUACUAGAAAACAUAUGAUUCAUGGAAAUAUAAUUGGACAGGAUAUUAUAGUAAUACAUGUAUUAGUACUUAAGUAAUAUCAGGUAUUGAGAAUGAAAAUACUAUGCUAUAUGUAUCUGUAGGAAUAUGAUAGUGAUACACAGUUAUUAUUAUUUAGAAAGUUACGAUCUUGAUUUUGUUAUCUACAAAGAUACGACUGUACCAGAGCAGGUUAAUCUUUCUGAUUGCUUUAUUGUUUAUUGGAUCAACAUUUGUAAAUAUUGUAUUCAUUUAUUAUUGUUAUAUAUAUGUACAUAUUAUGUUCAAGUAGUUAUGAUGUAACAUGGAUAUGGAUAUCAAUACAUAGCUGAAACAGAGGGAGUUUUGAAGUAAAGUAAGCAGUAUGAGGGAUAGAAACUCGACCUUCUAAGAACUCUCUAUAAUAGAAAGUUGUGACUUCAUCUUGUUCUAUGCUCAAUGAAUGUGAUACAAGUGAUGUAUGAAUGGACAGGUUAGUGACAUUGUGUUAUGGUUUUAAAACAAACCAUAAACAGAGGGAAUGUAGAAUAUUGCAUAUUCUAUGUUUCUAUUGAUUAUAUAUAUGGAUGUGUGGAUUGACAUAAGUAACAGAUGGUAUCAAUAAGUCACAAGGCUUUCUUUGUCCGAGAGCUCUGGAAUGUGGAUUCGGGGGUCUUGUCCUUAUAUGGCUAGAGUUAUAUGCUGACGUUAGUAUUAGCACAUCUAUAUAGUAACAGAGGGACACGAGGUCGGUCUCACUCUUGGCUUGGCUCUGUACAACGAUGUAACUCUCCCAUCAGAAGUCCAGCAAUUACCAUCUGCUGUUGAAUGUCCAUUAUCCUGUAACAUCAUAAGUUGUUUUAUGUAUCCGUAACUAAGAAUAAACCUGAAGAAACCGUAAGUCAGAUUGCGUAUUACUACUUUUCAAUAAUAUAGACAUAUAUUAUUGUGGCGAGCAUUUGGCCCAAGAAUAUAUAUACAAAAGACGUAUAUAUAUCAAUCAACUGAAGACAAGAAGAAAUUAAGAAAGAGUCUACAUUAACAUCCAUUCAUCUACAUUUUUUACACCUGUUGAAUGUGCCAAUUUCAACCAAGCUUUAGCUGUCAGACAGAUGGCCUCACAUUUGACUCUAGAAUACUUUGGUAUACAGAGGUGUUCACGUUUCAAUCAAUGACUGCAAUGUUCCCUGAUCCUGUGGCUGCAAAACAAUCCCAAAUCAUCACCCCACCACAAGCUUGACGUGUGGUAUGAGGUGUCUGUGCUGAUAUGCUGUAUUUGGUUUUUCGUUAAACGAGGUGAUGUGCAUUAUGAGCUUGACGUGUGGUAUGAGGUGUCUGUGCUGAUAUGCUGUAUUUGGUUUUUCGUUAAACGAGGUGAUGUGCAUUAUGAGCACAUCUCCACUUUGGUCUCGUCUGACAUUGUUCCAGAAGUCUUGUGAUUUGUUCAAAUGCAACUUUGCUGUCUUGUUCUUUUUAGAGAGAAGAUGCUUUCUGUAUACUGGAAGCCCUGCCACACAAACCAUACUUGUUCAGUCUUUUUCUAAGUGUACUGUCAUGAACUUUAACAUUAAACAUAUUGACUGAGGCCUGUAGACUCUUAGAGGUAGCUCUUGUUUUUUGUUGUUGCAUUUCUCUGAGCAAUGCACAGUCUGAUUCACCACAAGGUCCUGAUAUGUAAAACCAUAGAAUUCAAAAAAACUUGUAAUUUCAUUUUCCUAUGACUAUAAAAACACCAAAUACUAAAAAGGUCUUACAAUCAAGAAUCAUUCGAAUUGUUGCUUCGCCAAUCUUAACAGUUUGACUCUUAGCUUUAAGGGACCAUAACCAUUACUGUGUAGUGUAGUGGUUAUAGUGCCUAAACUGCUCAUUUAAUAUCAUUCUAAAUCCAACUUUACAACAUAUUUCAACAAUAUCAAAAAAUUAAAAGUAACUGCAAAUGUUGAUAAAGACACUUCUAGUGCCUGAAAAUUCAAGUUCACGCAAGCAAACGUUAAUCUAGCAAUACAACAUUGCUACAAGCUUACCCAGACACUGUUCCGCAGACAAAUGAAGGAAGGGUCUAUCCCUGAAACAUCAACAGUAUAAACUGUUUUUAAUGAUGUUCACCCUGCAAUUUGUCUAAGUAGCAUAUAUCUCAUUCUAUUCACCUAAAAUCUUAUACUAAUUAUUUUGUUUAAAAACGUGGGUUAAAAACAAUGGAAUAAAAUGUAGAUUUGAAAAAAAGCCAGACUUUUAACAUGUUUUUUAAUGUUGUCUGCAAAAAAUAAAUAAGAAAAAUAUGUAGAAUGCCUAAUAAUAUCUAUGUUGGUAAUAUUUUAUGUGGAAAAAAAAACAUUCACCAAAGUAAUUUUAUAAUUGAAUAUUAUAUAGCAACAUACUACAGAAUGCACUUGUUACUUAUUUGCAUAUUUGUAAUAUUGUGGGAGAUUUAUCAAAGUAGGGCCAUGGAAACAAGUUGAACCAGCAGGUAAUUUCAUUGAAAACACCUCUUCUUUUGCAGUGUUGCACCACUUUUUAAUAUGUAACACUGUCGUAAAUUUUGUCCAUAGUGCUUGUGACAAACAGCAACACAUAUCUGUUCAUUUUUUAUUUUUUUUUUAUUUUUUUUAGGAUUACCUGUUGAGGUUGCAGUAACUCUUGAAGUGGCAAGCAUUAAUGCUGUUUCAGAGGAAAACAUGGUAAGAAUUUGAUAAUAUUUUGCUAUUUUAGUAGACCGUUUUCAAAAAAAUACAUCAGUGCUCCUUGGAUUUCAAUUCACAUGCUUAGUUUCAAACUGAUAUAUGUCAGGCAAAAAUGUGACAUCAAUGUCACAUACACUGAAAAACCAUAACAUUAAAACCACUUGUUUAAUAUUGUGUAGGUCCCUCUUUUGCUGAUACACCAACUCUUAUGUGUCAAGGCAUGUAAAAGCAAUUUACAUGUUUUGUACCAUUGUACUUUAGCAAAAAAAGGAAACACAUAAACUGCUGUUAUUUGUCACUUUAUUAAUUUGCAUGCCGCAUGUUGCUGAAUGGAUUUUAAUACCCAUACAUGGGAGAACAAAGAAAAUUUACUUUUUACUUUGAAAUCUGGUUGCUGUUAUCUGUCUAUUUUGUGUGUUCAUUUGUGUGGUUGAACCACCACAUUCAAUACAGCACAGGAUUGAGGACACCAUAGAAAACCAGGUAUUUAGUCCUGUGUGCAGAUAUUAUUCCAGCAUUUUUGGACAACCAAUUACAUUUGGAAAACUUCUUCUAUUACUUUAAGGUCCAGUUCUGAUACUUUAAUUGAAGGUGCUUAUGCUGGUGGACAGGGUCUUCAUGGGCACUCUGCAAUGCACCGUGUGUUCUGACACCAUUCUAUCAUGGCCAGCAUAAUGUUUUUCAGCAAUUUGAGCUACAGUAGCUCUUCUGUGUGAUUGGACCAAAUGGGCUAACUUUCAUUCCCCGAUUGCAUCAAUGAGUCUUGUGCACCCAUGACCCUGACACCAACUCACCGGUUGUUUUUCUUUGCACCACUUUUGGUAGGUACUAAGCAGUGCAUACUGGGAACACCACACAAAACAUGUUUUUUUUAAGAUACUCUGACCCAUUUAUCUAUCCAUCACUAUGUGGCCCUUGUCAAAGUCACUUAGAUCUUUUUGCUUACCAAUUUUUCCAACACAUGAAAUUCAAGAACUGACUGUUUGCUUGCUGCCUAAUAUAACCCGCCCUGUAACCGAUGUCACUGUAACAAUAUUAUUACAUAGUUACAUAGUUACAUAGCUGAAAAGAGACUUGCGUCCAUUGAGUUCAGACUUCCUCACAUAUGUUUUUGCUGUUGAUCCAAAAGAAGGCAAAAAAACCUAGUCUGAAGCACUUCCAGUUUUGCAACAAACUAGGAAACAAUUCCUUCUUAACCCUAAAAUAGCAGUCAGGUAUCUCCUUGGAUCAAGCAGCUAUUACCCCACUAAUUAGAAAUUAUAUCCCUGUAUGUUAUGUUUUUGCAAGUAUUUAUCCAAUUGCAGUUUAAACAUCUGUAUGGACUCUGAUAAAACCACCUCUUCAGGCAGAGAUUUCCUGUAAAAAAAAACCUUUUCUUUGCCUUAGAUGAAAUCUCCUUUCUUCCAACCUAAAUGUGUGACCUUGUGUCCUUUGUAUAGCCCUGUUUAUGAAUAUAUUUCCAGAUAAAGGUUUGUACUGGCCCCGAAUAUAUUUGUAUAAUGUUAUCAUAUCCCCUCUCAGGCACCGUUUUUCCAAACUAAAGAGAUUUACAUUUUUAAACCUUUCUUCAUAACUAAAUGCUCCAUUCCUUUUAUCAAUUUUGUAGCUCGUCUCUGCACUUUUUCUAGUGGCAUGAUAUCUUUCUUUAGAACAGGCGCCCAAAAUCUCACAGCAUAUUCAAGGGAUACCAGCGAUUUAUAAAGAGGCAAAAUUAUAUUUUCAUCCCGAGAAUUUAUGCCCCUAUUUAUACAUGACAAAACCUUACUGGCCCUAGCAACUGCAGAUUGACAUAUUGCUGCCUAAUUUGUUGUUUAUAACAAUUCCCAAGUCCUUCUUGUGUGGGGUUAUCCCUAGUUUACUACCAUUUAGUGUGUAAGUUGCUUGUACAUUCUUAACCCCGAAGUGCAUAACUUUGCAUUUCUCUACGUUAAAUCUCAUCUGCCAUUUUAGUGCCCAGUCCCCCAAUCUAUCCAAAUUCCUCUGCGGCAGAGCAAUAUCCCGCUCACAUUUUAUUACUUUACAAAGUUUUGCAAACACUGCAAACAUCAUCUGCAAACAUCAUCUGCAAACACUGAUACAUGGCUUUCAAUGCCUAUUUUAAGAUCAUUUAUAAAUAUGUUAAAUAGAAGCGGUCCCAAAAAAGAACCCCGAGGGACACCACUUACCACUUUUGUCCAGCCUGAAAAUUUACCAUUAAUUACAACUCGUUGUACUCUAUCCUUAAGUCAAUGUUCUACCCAAGAACAAGAAUAUUCAUCUAGACCAAUUCCUUUUAGUUUGAAGACUAACCUAUUGUGAGGAACCGUAUCAAAUGCCUUGGCAAAAUCCAAGUAGAUCACAUCCACUGCAACACCCUGAUCUAUUCUUCUACUUACUUCUUCGUAGAAGCUCACAGGUCUAUAAGUACCAGGCAAGGAUUUUGAACCCUUUUUAAAUAUAGGAACAACAUCUGCAUUCCUCCAAUCCUCCGGUACAACACCUGAAACAAAAGAAUCUUGAAAAAUUAAAUACAAAGGUUCACUUAUUUCCCCACUUAAGUACUCUUGGGUGAAUACUGUCAGGCCCCAGAGCUUUAUUUACAUCCAUUUUCUUUAACUGCUGUAGCACCUUGUCUCGAGUCAUCCAAUCACAAGUUAUUUGCAAAUUUUUUGCAGCAAUCAUUUAAAUAUAUCUUGCCAUAGGAUCCUCAUUAAAUAUACUGAAGAAAAAUAGUUAUUUAAAAUUUCUGCCUUUUCCUGGUCUUCAUUAGCUAAGAGACCCAUCUCUGUUUCCAGUGUACCUACACUUUCAUUUUGUUUUUUUAGAAUUGAUGUACUUGGAAAAAAAAUGGGGGUUGGUUUUGCAUUCUUUGGCUAUCAAUUUCUCAUUUUCUAGUUUAGCCACUUUAAUUGCCUUUUUGCAAGCAUUAUUGGCUUCCUUAUAUCUUAUACAGGAUGCCUCUGAUUUGUCCGAUUUAAAAGCUUUAAAUGCCCUUUUCUUAUUUUUAAUCUCUUGUUUUACUUCUCUACUUAGCCACAUUAGUUUCAAUUUGUUUAUUUUAUAUUUAUUACCCAAAUGGUACAUACUCUGAAAUGUACCUUUCUAAUAUUUGUUUGAAUAGUUUCCAUUUAUCCUCAGUGUUUUUUUUCACUAAGGAGUUUAUGCCAGUCAAUAUGUUGUAGAGCUGCCCUAAUUUUAUUGAAAAUUGCUUUUUUUAAAUUAUAUGUUUUAGUAUACCCCACGUGCUUUUGCUUUUUUGAGUUUAUUUAAAAAAAAUACCAUAUUGUGAUCACUAUUUCCCAAAUGCUCCCCUACUUGAAUGUUGGUCAAAAGAUCAACAUUGUUUGUCAUAACAAAAUCCAGACAAGCAUCCUUAUCAAAGAAAAAAAGUUACCUGUGCUCUUUCCAAACUCCCUAUGUAUAUUUAAACAAAUGUAGGUUAUUUAGUUACUCCAAUGGCCAUUAGAGGGAAAUACCCACAUGCCACGUCAAGGCAAAUCUCUUAGGUGGGUCCUACACUAACCUUUCACCUUGUUUCCUUGAGCUUCUGGCAAAGACAUCUUUAAUGAGACAUAAAUGGGUAUUUUUUAUAUACAUCCCUACAUGCUUAUUAACCUUUAAUAGGGAACACAUGGGAUGAGUGGCAAUACUGUAACAUAGCUGUGUGAUACAAAAGUGAAUACAAAAAACCCCCCAAAAAGUCCUGCACUCAAACUCUCCCUACUCUUGGGCGGCAGCAACGACCAUAGUACACAUCAGCCCCAAUACAGUAAAAACCAAAGAAAAAAAAUGUACCUGUGCUCUUUCCCAACUCCCUAUGUAUAUUUCAACAAAUCAAGGUUAUUUAGUUACUCCAAUGGUCAUUAGAGGGAAAUGCCCACCUGCCACGUCAAGGCAAACCUCUUAGAUGGGUCCUACACUAACCAUUCACCUUGCUUUCUCAAACUUCUGUCAAAGAUAUCUCUAAUGAGACAGAGAGGUUUUUUUUUAUAUAUACACACAAAGCAAUAUACUGAAGAAACUUGAUAACCAGAGGGUCUUGACACUGUACCAGCUUACCGAAAUUUUCCAACUUAGCUUGAAAAGACUACUUCACAGAUUUGGCCAAAAUCUAUCUAUCAUGACGUGUGAUCUAGCUGCACUAGUAAGCAGUAUCUGUUAUCUAACUAUACAGAUUAGAUAUCAAAAUAUACUAGGAUACUCAGGGGAUACUGUUUGCUACAUAUCAAAAAUAUCUAAGAAUUAUUUGCAAAGUUUGGCAGGGUAAUUCAUAAAAGUCCCAAUGGUCUCGUACUGAAUGGGGCAAAGCCUUAUAGGACUGUGAAGUUCUUUUCAGAAUACAAACUAUUAUAUUAAUAUUGUACUUUAAAUUAUCGUUCGCUUGAACAGCAAGUGAACGAUAACUUGCGAAUGUACAUCCUGCUAUUUUGUUUAAAAUUGGUGGUGCUGUGUACGUAUUCUGAAUACUAUACUUGGUUUUGGGAAAAGCAUUAAAGUGAAAAUUACUGAUUUAGAAUCUGACACCGAACGCUUUCGACUUAAUGACAUAGAUUCAGUCAGAUCGACCGAAUGUCAAAUGGAAUUGGCAUUAGUAAACAUGAGAAUUGCCAUUCCUGUCAGUCAAGUGAAUUGGAAAACUAUUUGGCAGUGUAUUUUUUCUUCUUCUCUUUUUUCUUAUUUUAGAUAAAAUGUUGCAACCUUUUUUUUGAGUGCCAAAUUCCAUGUGCCAAGUUUGAUAAUAAUGAUAUAAGUAUAGAAAGUGGUAAUUUUGUUCAAGUUGAUAUAAGCUUGUUAUGAUUUUUUUUUUUAACAGGAUUACACAGCAACAAUAUUUUUACUGCAGAGGUGGACUGACGAACGUUUAAAGUUCGAAGGCAAUAAAAGCAUUACACUGGAUGCUCGACUAGUACAACUACUUUGGGUUCCUGAUACAUAUAUUGUGGACUCAAAGAAGUCUUUCUUACAUGACGUGACUGUGCAGAAUCGUCUUGUUAGGCUUUUCUCCAAUGGCACAGUGCUGUAUGCUCUCAGGUAUGGCUGCUGUUUUGACAUUUUUUACAUUGACAUUUUCAAAUGCAAUGAAAGUUUACAUGAUUUGCAAAUUAUGAAAUGUAAUAUCUGACAGCCAAGUAGUGAGCAGUCUUACUGAUAUUGCAUAGCAUGUGAUAUAGUAUAGCAGGGUGAGAUUUCUCUUGAGACUUGCCAGUCAGACUGCUCUGGAAUGGGGCCUUGCUAGUAACAGGGCAGUCCACGUUGAACGCUGCAUAUAGCUCAUCAGUCAGCCUAGGGCCACUAAAUAUACACUCUGUGG